AUGGCGAGCGAGACUGGCGUAAGGCAACAAUUUUUUUAUGAACAGCUGGGAGCCCCUUCCCUUUUGUACCGCGAGAAAGGUUCAUACACCACGCUCGACGAAGAGCCCAACCCGUCAACGGGUCGAGCGGCCAUUGACGAUCGGCACCUUCGACUGAUCCGCAGUCGAGCGCAAUGGGACCAACCUGUUCCUCAAGAUAUUCUCAGAAGUUCCUUAACGCACAAUGCAAAGAACACACCAGCGUUACACGCUUUUCCAACCGCUGGUGCCAAAAUACGGCGACAGGCGCAGAAAACGGACAGGGUUUCGUUGGCAACACAAGCUGAAAGUUGCAGAUACAUCCCAGACGGUUUGAAUUGCGUCGAUCCUGCCUACCUCGCGCCGUUUGAUGCGGAGACAUUGAAGGAAGGAAUGACACCUUUCCAAGAUCACGUUGCUGCCGCCGGAGUGAAGCGACGUGCCGACGAAGACGCCCCAGCCAUACCUUGGGGCGAUUGCAAUGCACCCGAACAAUACGGAAACUGUAUUGCUCUUAUGCCAUGUGCUUGUUGCAAUUGCAAAGAUAAUGAAGACCACACCUGGGCUUUGCUGCAUCCGGUAGGUCCGUUACUUGACCGUGUUAGACUUUCACACGUUUCGCUACCACGGGGACGUUUCAUAUUGGAAGAUCUUCCUCUUCCUCCAUGCCGACGGGAUUUGAAUGUCGACGAUCGUGUUCGGCAGAUCGCACAGUGUGGUCCUAAUCUAUUUGUUGCCAGAACGUCGAUAAAUUGUACAGGAUUUUCCAUCCAAGAAUCUCCACGACUAGAGACCUGCGACGACACUACCAAAUGCUUGGGAAAAAAGUUUUAUCUUCAACAAAGCUUUCAGAUUGAUGAGCGUUUCACGACAGAAACCCCUCGAUCGUAUCGUCCUCUAGACUUGUGCUCUCACCCAAAGUACGGCGUCGUAACCAACUCUCUUUUAGCCAUCGUCUACGAGUCAGAACAGAACAAAAGAAGCACAGUUCACAGAUUAUCUGUCGACUCUGAGGCUGUCACUCACAAAACGGAGCAUAACAUUGUCAACCUGGACCGCAUUGCGAACAUCGAUUUCGGGGCGCAAAGCCCUAUGGUAUUGUGGUCGGCCGCGCGAUCCUACGUUCGACCUUCACCUACAAUUUCGGCUGGAAACCCCAAACCCCGAGUUGGCCAUGGAAAUUCUCUUUACAGCAUUGAUUUGCGCACGAAUGAAGGUACCUUUCAAUGGAGUCCUAGUGCUGAACUGUACGUCGUUGAGGGCACUCAUUCUAUUUCGGGCAUAAAGACAGACUGGGUAAAUGGCACUUCUGUUUGGGCCGCUUCCGUAUCGGCCGGAAAAACAUGGGAAAUUGACGUCCGAAUGCCUUGCCAAACAGUAACAACAUGGUCGCUACCACAUGCAUGCGAAGGAAGCAAUUCAACCGUCUCAACUAGCGGGGUAUAUGGGGAGGGUUUCUUGUUUGAACAACCUGUAAAAGGAUAUGGAUAUGACGAUGACUAUGUAGCACCGCAGACACUUCUCGGCGUAGGAAAGAACCCGAACUCAUACGGCAUUCAUAUCUACCAACGACCUGCACUCGGACCGCUGUUUCAAAGUCAAAGUAUUGAAGCCCCCGCUUGUCCCGGUAUCACGUUUCUGCAAAACAGUAGUGUUGCCACAAGUUCUAGUUUUGCUUUGCCCGAUGUGUCGAGUAACAUCUUCACUUGUGGGAUUGCUUCAUUUCGAACCCCCGGUGAACAACUCCAGGAAAACUCGGAUUUCAACAAAACUACAUAUGCAUCUAAUGCUCUCUGCAUUGUUUCAUCGACUAACAAGGGUGAUGUUUACACCCACACCCUUAUUGAAUCCAAAAACACGAAUAAACAUGGUCGACCGUUUAAAGGCUUACCGAUAGGAUCAGUUGCAGUACCCGUCACGUCAAUCGAUUCCCAGAUAUAUAGCUCUCCAGAUGUCCUGUUCUGGCAUUUAAGGAACAAGAGUCCGCUGGCUGGACAUGCAAUAGUAGGACCAGCCUUCACAGAGAAAGAUCGAACGAAAAAAAUCAGGAAGAAGCUAGAUUGCAAAUCGAAGGACAAUGCGAGUAUGUCAUUUGAAACGGAUGUUGUUGCAAUCAAACCAACGUCUGAGCCCCUUUUCUUGACAGCGGACAAACGAGAAGCCGCUACCGUGAAGCUACCAUCCCAUUUGGCAAGCAAAGCGGCCGGGAUGCUUACAACGACGCUAAAAUGUUUCGACACCGAGCGUACAUCGAAAGUCGAGCGAUCAGUAGAAGGGCAACUUUUACAUUCUGACAUAAAUGCAAACGUUUUUAGAACGAUAAGUACAGCGUGGGAAUUGGGUUGCACUUCGGACGAAUUUGAGCAUUCCGAUACAUCGUCAAUAUAA